GGACAGCACGGGGUGUGGGUGGGAGGUGACCACCGCAGAGGCUGGGCCCCCUGCAGGGUUACACCAGCAAAGCCUGAGUUGAAGCUCCACCACCAGGGGGCGUGGUGGAUCCGUCAAAGCGCCCGCAGGCUCCGAGGGCCAGCCAGGGUGGGUGUGUGUCCCCAGCCGCCUGCUCCUCUGCCCGCAGGUUCUGGGCUGGUCUGCAGGAAGCCUCGGCCCUGUCAGGCCCCUCACACCGCCUGUCCUGGACCCCAGGCUCCCGCUGGUCCCGGCCCCCUCCCUCCUCUCUGACCCCUCGCUCGCAGCCUCCACCCAGCCUUCUCCUGGACGGUGGAGCCGCUGUUCCCGGGGGGUCUGCUGAGGGUGGGGCAGGCACCUGUGUCCUACCGCCUCUUCCCUCUGCAGCCACUCUCCCGGGCACCCCAGACCUCACCCUCGGGCUGCCACCUACCUGGCCACAUCCGACCACAGGUCCAAGCCAGACCCCAGCAUACCCCCGAGGCCCCUUCAGCCCAGUGUCCAGCCCACCUGGCUCAUCCAGCGCACACACACAGCACACACACCGUGUGCACAUGUACACACAUAGCACACACAUUCACAUACAGCACAUGGCACACCCACAACACACAGUGUGCAUGCACACAUACAAGAGUCACACACAGUACACACACAGCACACAGGACACAGCACACACAUUCACACACAGUCACAUUGUGUAGACUGUCUCCCCUGUGUAGACUGCCUCCCCCUGUGUAGACUGCCUCCCCCUGUAUAAACCGUCUCCCCUGUGUAGACUGCCUCCCCCUCCCCCUGUGUAGACUGUCUCUCCCUGGGUAGACUGCCUCCCUCUGUGUAGACUGUCUCCCCUGUGUAGACUGUCUCCUGUGUAGACUGUCUCCCCUGUGUAGACUGUCUCCUGUGCAGACUGUCUUCCCUGUGUAGACUGUCUCCCCUGUGUAGACUGUCUCCUGUGUAGACUGUCUCCCUGUGUAGACUGUCUUCCCUGUGUAGACUGCCUCCCCCCGAGUAGACUGUCUCUCCCUGUGUAGACUGCCUCCCUCUGUGUAGACUGCCUCCCCCCGAGUAGACUGUCUCCCUGUGUAGACUGUCUCCCCUGUGUAGACUGUCUCCCUGUGUAGACUGCCUCCCCCUGUGUAGACUGUCUCGCCUCCCUGGUUGUUUCUUACCCUUGUCUGCCUGUGUGGCUGUAAGGAGCAUUUUGUUCCAUUUCUCUCGUUUCUCAGCCUCUCAGUUACAUUGCUCUGCUCAGGUUGUAUUUUUUUUUUAAUUUUUAAAAAGAUUUAUUUAUUUGAAAGAGUUAGAGAGAGAGAGAGAGAGAGAGAGAGAGAGAGAGGUCUUCCACCCGCUGGUUCCCUCCCCAGAUGGCCGCAAUGGCCGGAGCUGGGCCGAUCCGAAGCCAGGAGCCAGGAGCUUCUUCCAGGUCUCCCACGCGGGUGCAGGGGCCCAAGCACUUGGGCAUCUUCUACUGCUUUCCCAGGCCACAGCAGGGAGCUGGAUUGGAAGUGGAGCAGCUGGGACUAGAACCGGCGCCGAUAUGGGAUGCCAGGGCUUUGACCCGCUGCGCCAUAGCGCUGGCCCGAGGUUGUAUUUAAGAGGCAGAGACAGAGUCCUUCCUUCCACUGUCCAUUCCUCAGACGCCCGCAGUGGCCAGGACGGGCCGGGGCUGAAGCCAGGAGCCAAGAGGUCAAACCAAGGCUCCCCCGUGGAGAGCGGGAGCUGGCAGCAACUCGCUCGGGCAGAGCCGGGACUCGGACCCAGGCACCCCAGGGGAAGUGGGCGUGUCGUCUGGUGCCUGCAGGAUGCGUGCACACGCGCUGGCGGCACUGGCAAAUGCCUGGAUGUCGAGAAUGAGGGUGGUGCAAGUGUUUCUUCGCCUGCGCCCGUUCCUCCUCGGAGGCUGCUUUUGUGUAGAUCUUAGUUUCUGACCUGUGAUUUUCCUGUUCUCGGAAAAGGUCACUUGUUUUAAUGUGAAAGGCAGAGAGAGAGAGAGAGAGAGAGAGAGAGAUUUUCUGCCCGCUGCUUCACUCCCCAGAUGGCCGCAACAGCCAGGGCUGAGCCAGGCUGAAGCCAGCAGCCUGGAGCUGCAUCGGGGUCUCCCACCAUGGGCGUAGGGGCCAUCAGCAAGAAACUGGAUCAACCACGGCUCCAACACGGGUGCCGGCGUGGAGGUGGCAGCGGCUCAUGUGUCCCAAGGCACGUGGACGGCCAGCACAUUCUCCGAUUUCCAUUUGUCUGAGAAGGUCUUUGCUUCUCCUUGCUGGACACGGAGCCCUGGGCUGGGUCUCUGGCUGGGCUUCAGCUCCUGUCGCCCUCGGCGUGGCCUCUGGGAGGCGCUGUGGCUGAGAGUGGCUCCCCGACUUGCUGCCCCUGCCGCGCCGUCUGCCUGGCUGUGCAGUUCCUGGCAGACCUGGGAACAUGCAGCAGGAUGCGGGUGUGCACAGAGGCGUGAGCAGGAGUGUGUGUGUGUGUGUGUGUACAGGGGUGGGCACACGCGUGUGCAGGUGUGCGUGAAGAUGUGAGCAGCAGUGUGUGCAGAGGUGGGAACACACGUGUGCAGGCGUGCAUGGAGAUGUGAGCAUGAGUGUGUGCAGAGGUGGGCAUGCGCAUGUGCAGGCGUGUGUACAGAGGUGGGCACACACGUGUGCAGGUGUCUGGAGAUGUGAGGAGUGUGUGUGUACAGAGGUGGGUACACACAUGUGCAGGUGUCUGGAGAUGUGAGGAGUGUGUGUACAGAGGUGGGCACACACGUGUGCAGGUGUGCAUGGAGAUGUAAGGAGUGCGUGUGUACAGAGGUGGGUACAUGUGUGUGCUGGCGUGUCUGGAGAUGUGAGGAGUGUGUGUGUACAGAGGUGGGCACACACGUGUGCGGGUGUGCAUGGAGAUGUGAGGAGUGUGUGUGUACAGAGGUGGACACACGUGUGCAGGCAUGUGUGGAGAUGUGAGGAGUGUGUGUACAGAGGUGGGCACACACGUGUGCAGGCAUGCGUGAUGUGAGGAGUGUGUGUAUAGAGGUGGGCACACACGUGUGCAGGCAUGCGUGGGGAUGUGAGGAGUGUGUGUAUACAGGGGGCACACACAUGUGCGUGCGUGGAGAUGUGAGCAGGAGUGUGCGCGUGCGUGGAGGAAUUCCUUGACUUGGAACCUGCGUGGCGCUGCCCUGCCUCACACCCACCAAGCCUGGGUCUCGGCCUCUCCUCGGGGGGCCCCGCAGGGGUGCGGUGACCCCCGUGCUCAGCUCGGCUUCCCAGGGCAGCUGGCAGCAGGGCUCCGGUGUCCUGCCGGGACGGUGCUUGCCCGGCCGGCAGCUCCCCGGAGCUCCAAUCUGAAGCCGCUCCCGAUGUUUCCCGGGGGCACUUGCCGCUGAGGUUUGGACCCAGCCCCCACGCAGCCCCGUAGAAUUGGGCGGUCCUGCCAGGGUGGGAGGGGGCCGAGCCCCGGCUCGGCAGGAACUGUGGAAUUGCUGCCCGGUAGCCGUCUGGCCACUCGCGACUGCCACGUCCUUGUUUUCAUGCGUGCCUGCACUUCCUGGGUUGGGCCGAGGGGUAGCAGAAGUGUUGAUCACUCACUCCUUCCAGCGUACCCGAAGCCGGAAGCCCAUGAGCCACCCCCGGUGCCCACCGCUGCCCACCGUCCCCCCGGAGGGGCUGUGGGUGCCAGGCCCUGGCCGGCUGCUCCGUCCUGCCUGGCAGUGCCCGUGAGCUGGUGUGGGCAGCGCCGUGGAGGCUCUGCUCGCCCGGGCGUGGGUCCAGGUACUUCCUGUUGGCACUGCCGUCCCCGGCGUGAGCAGUCCCGAGGGGAGCCCCAGGACCCACCCCCAGCCCUUCCUGCCCGUCUCGGUCCUUGGGCCUCACGCGAGCCGUGGCUGCCGGGCUGGCUGUCCUGCAGCCGCUGAGGUGAGCUCCGUGCCCAGGCAGGAGCGGGGAGUGCUGUCUGGACCACUGUUAGCGCAGACGAUGGGGCAGAAGUCCCGAGGUUCUACAUCCCACCGUGCGCCGGGCCUGCCCCGUCUCGUCUCUCGGGGGAGUGGAGCAGCUGCCCUGACCCAGGGCUGUGCCGUGCUGGCCCGGGCAGCCAUGUCAGCCACGGUUCUGGGGACACAGGGGCCACGGCCCCUGGGAGCAGCUCUCGGCCCAGGAGGGGCUGCGGCAUUGGCUGCUGGAAGCCACAGUGCCCAUGGCGGGGGCCGGGCUGUCGUCGCGGGAGGCACAGCUUUAUCGGGGUGCUCUCAGAGGGAAUGUGGAACACAGGGACCCCUGUCCCUGGGCCCCAGCCCUCACCUGGCCAGGCGGUUUCUGUGGGAGGGGCAGGGCCACUGCCCAGAGGAGCAGGUGACAGGGACGCUGUGGCCGCCGUGCUCUCUGGAGAGGAAGUUGGCCUUUUCGGGGGAUUUCCAGCCAGAUGGCCUUAUCGAGGACCCCGAGAGAGAGAGAGGAAGGCACAGAGGAGCCACAGCGACCUCAGUCCCCCACCCCCAGACCCCACCACGGCGCCGGGAGCAGCAGCGCCAGGGAAGGCGGAGGGCGAGGCCACCCCCGCCCCCUGAGUGCCAGAACCCCGGGCAGGAGCCCACCACAGCCACACCAAGCCCAGAGCCAGCCCUGGCGCGGCCCCUCCCACUGCGGGCUCUGGCUUUCCUCCCUGGGAAGGGGGAGGCUGCUGUGGUGCCCCCGCAUGGGGCACACGAAGCCGCUGCAGGCCGCUUGGUCACACCAGAGUCCCUGCUGCGCGCGCGGGCGCCCCGGGUGGGGGCGCUCAGGUGGCGCCCCUGCUCCGACGUGUCUGGGAAGCAGGGGUGCUUCCUGCAGGUCCCAGGCCAGCUCAGCCAAGGGAGGGAGGAGCACAGGGGUGGGGUGGGGUGGGGGAUGGUCACGUGCUGUGGCCCAGCUCCCGGACGCCUGCCUGGCCACCUCCCCUGCCCCUGGCCCCACCAGCACAUCUAUGUCACAUCGGCAGAGCCUGGACAGUGCGGCCAUGCGCCCAGGAGACCAACGGCCGCGGUGACACCAGGCCUGGAGGGCCACAGGAGCCAGCCCUCCUGUCCCUGCUCUGACAGCUGCUGGCCGAUGGGAGCCGGGUGCGCCCUAACCAGAGGCCCAGACCCCUGCUGAUUGCUGGGGAAGCCGCACCCUGUACCCUGCUGAGACUGCCCGGGGUGUGGGCAGGGUGGGCCUAGACAUUGUCGGGACAAAAAUGCAGCUCCCGGGGACCCCCUGUGGACCUGACACUUACACUGCCCAGGCCAGCCUCUGGGCUCGGAGCUCCUGGGGCAGUGCUGGCCACCCGCACUGGGAGACGCCGGCUGGAGCCUGGCUCCCCUGGGCUCGGAGCUCCUGGGGCAGUGCUGGCCACCCGCACUGGGAGACGCCGGCUGGAGCCUGGCUCCCCAUGGCAGAUGCAGCCGAGGCCAUGGACGCGUCAGCGCUUCCGUCCAGGUGGUCCCAGGGCUAAGUGGGUCGGCGUGAGGACAGGAGGCCGGGCCGGCGGGAGUCUGUCCGCUGCCGCACAGGCUGCUGUGGUGGCGCAGGGGCAGGGGCAGGUGGAGAGUCCUCCAUGCCCAGCCUCACUCCAGGAGGCCCAGGGUCUGGAGCUGGCUGCCUGGGGAGGUGGGGACAACCCAUAGGCAGCUGGCCUGGCCUCUGACGUCAGGGGAGGAUCUUCUGUGCCUGGGGUAUUGACCUUGGACAAGGCUGCAGGGCUGGGUUGCGAAAUCAAGGCCUUUUAUUGCUGCCGGAACACUUGCUGGAACCUUCCCCUCGGGGCUCCCAGGAGCUGCUGUCCAUGCCCCUCCCUCCUUGACCGCUGACCCCUGACACUUCUGCAGGCGCCUUUGAACGUGGGUUCUGGAACUUCCAGGUUCCGAGAGGGAGUCAGGGCUGCAGCGCGCGCACUCGCCGCCCCACGGCUGCCUCUGAGGCCCGCGUGUCACUACCCAGGGUCAGAGCCCGGGGCCUGGGCUGCUAGGAUCUCCUAGCAGGGUCUCCUAGGGGCUGUGUGGCUUCCCAGCAGGGGAGCCCCCAUGGCCAUGCCCCGGUGCCUGCCUCGCCACUGGACAGCCCCUGUCCUCGGGCCCUGGGGUGACCGGGCAGCCGGCCUCUGAGGGGCUCCCAUGGGGCUAGAGUGGGUGGAAUCUCCGCCCCCGGGUGCCCGGCCCCACAGGGCAGCACCUCCAGUGACCUGGGCAGUGGUCUCCUGGGGCCAGAACGCCCUCCCUUCCCCCGCCCCCUCCAUAACACGUGCUGCGGGCAGUUGUGGGGCGGAGCCAGGCAGGUCAAGUCAUCAGUGAGUGUCCCUCGGAGCCCCUUCUGGGCUGGCCACGUGGCCCCGGAGCGUGACUGACAGGCACAUUGGCCAUCCCCUGCCUGCCACCACCACCUGCCUGGAGCUGUCCAGUGUCUGCCUCGUGUGACGGCCCAGCCUGUGGGGUCAGAGCGGGGCCUACCCGCCCCUCCUAGCCGCCCGUCAGCACCCGCGGCCUGCGGCGGGGCAGCCCGAGCAGCGGCCGCCUCUGUUUCUGGGCAGGACUGCUGGCCGGGCUCUCUCCUCCC